AUGUCUUCCCACACCAAGAAAGACGAUUUCUGCCUCGAAUGUCACUGGGAGGCCUUUCAUCUGGAUGGCAAUGACUCCCAGGACGCCGCGGAGACCUCCGCUCAGCCGCAAGAAUGGAGUUGUCAGGACGAGGAGCAUCACACCUCGCUGACGCACUGUGCCGUUGACGAAGCGUGUUGCGAUGUCGAUGACUGUUCCGUUAACUGUCCUUCCGUCUGUGACGGCUUCGUGGGUUGUGAUGUGGAAACUGCUUGUUCUGUAUCGCACUGUGACGACAAGAAUUGCAAAAGCGCGGACCCCGUCUGCUUCGAUGAACACUGCUUCAGCUUCAGCGACCACAACGGCCAGGCCACCGAUCAUAACAAUCUAGAGUCACUGCUGGGACUGGGGCCGUCGCUGUCGCUGGAAGCUUGCGACCUACUCCCCUCAACGACCAUCGAUCAUAAUCAAAUCCACCAGCCAUCUAAACCUACAGAGAAUGGCACAUCGGGCCUUGUCAACUCGGCGCAGUCCGCGGACGCCCUGUUUCCGUUCUCGACAGCCUUCCAUCACUGUCAUCCUUCGUAUCCUCACUUUCACUGUCAUACUCUGCCCCGAGAUUCGCACAAUCACCUUGGGAAUGUGCCAUUUCCCCUGCCGAAUGAAGUCAAUCCGGCGGAUGUAUUCCAGAUGCUUGGAAUGUGCCCCAGCCUGUCCGCCUGUCCUGAUAUUCACACCCACGAGGACCAGAACUGCCACACUCAUCUAAGCAAAUUGGACAACGGCUCGACCGAUUCCUUCACGUGCUUUCACCUGCCGCCGCCCAGUCCACACGAUUCGUCCAAAGCGUCGGUCAAUGUCAACGGGAAUGUGCCUCUCAAGGGCCCAUGCCGCUCGCAUCAUCGGUGUCGAAUUCACCCCCACUCGCAUGUUCAUCCAUACGGACCCUACUCACCGUAUUCCCGCCAGUCCCGAUCGAGCGUGAGUUCACAACUGAUGUCCAGUCCGGGCGAGACGCCCCCGCCGUUGGAGGGUGGCGCCUCAUCGGUGUUGACAAGUCCGGGGUUCCCUUCCGUCGACGGGGAAGUGCAUAUUUGCAAAUGGACCACCACUAGCCAUGGUGUCAAGAGAUCCUGCGGGGCGACAUUUUCCGAUGCUUGCGCGCUCCAGGAGCAUUUGGUUGCAACUCAUAUGGGGACUGUGGAAGGGGCAAAGGGUACCGGCUACUAUUGCUGUUGGGAGGGAUGUCACCGCCCGGACGAGCCUUUCUCCCAGAAGUCCAAGCUUCAGGGACAUUUUCUGACGCACAGUAACUAUAAAAACUUCAAAUGUUCGGUUUGUGGCAAGCUGUUUGCCCGGCAAGCAACGCUGGAGCGACACGAACGAAGCCAUCGUGGCGAGAAGCCGUACAAGUGUGCCGAAUGUGGCAAGUCGUUCACCGACAGCAGUGAAUUAAAAACCCAUUCACGGACGCAUACGGGUGAGAAGCCGUUCAAGUGCACAUUUCCAGGAUGCAACUUUCAGACGGGCGAUUCGUCCAACAUGUCGAGCCAUCGACUAACUCACGGAGAACGUAAACAUAAAUGCAAUUUUCCUGGAUGCAGCAAGAGUUUUACUCGGCCUGACCAAUUGAAACGGCAUAUCCGGACGACACACAAAGCAGACAGCACGACUUUCCCAUCGCCGCUCACCGAGCAAUUCGCAUUCCCCCUUGGCACUGUUUGA